AUGGAUGCCAUGUUUGAUAUUUGUUACCUGUCCUCCGAAGGUAACAGCGUAGAACCUGAUGAUAUCCCCAAAACAAAGGAAAAUGUUUGGAUCCUCGGGAAGAAAUACAGCGCUGUUCAAGAUUUGGAUCGUAUUAGGCGUGACAUUAGUUCUAUAAUUUGGUGUACAUACAGAAAGGGAUUUGUACCAAUCGGAGAUGAAGGCUUAACUUCAGAUAAAGGCUGGGGCUGCAUGUUGAGGUGUGGUCAGAUGGUUCUUGGGGUGGCCCUGGUUAGGAUACAUUUGAGUGCAGAUUGGGUGUGGACACCAGAGACAAGGGAUCCUACAUACUUAAAAAUAAUACAACGAUUUGAGGAAAGAAAACAGGCCCCAUAUUCAAUUCAUCAAGUUGCCUUAAUGGGAGCAUCGGAAGGCAAGGAAGUGGGUCAAUGGUUUGGUCCAAAUACUAUAGCACAAGUGUUAAAAAAGUUGGUGGUUUUUGACAAGUGGAGUUCUUUGGUAAUUCAUGUAGCAUUAGAUAACACAGUUGUAAGGGAAGAUAUCUUGCAACAAUGUGUUGUGAAUAAUGAUAGAGGUGACUCUUCAUUGGCACAUGAUGUUACAUUAGUAUCAGAUUGGAUGCCAUUACUGUUAAUAGUACCCCUAAGAUUAGGACUCAGUGAAAUAAAUCCAGUUUACAUAGAUGGUCUUAAGAUAUGCUUUCAAUGCCCCCAAUCAGUAGGUGUGAUAGGAGGUAAACCUAACCAAGCUUUGUAUUUGAUUGGCUGUGUUGGUGAUGAAGUUAUUUAUUUGGAUCCCCAUACAACCCAAAAGUCUGGAUUAAUUGAGAAUAAAAUGACUGAUGAACAGAAAGAAAUGGACUAUUCCUAUCACUGUAAAUAUGCCUCUCGAAUACCGAUGCUCGCAAUGGACCCUUCUGUAGCUGUGUGUUUCCUCUGUCGAACAAAAAAUGACUUUGAACAAUUAUGUAAUACUAUACAAAAUAAUCUUAUGUCGGAAAGUCAACCUUUGUUCGAAUUGUGCGAGAAACGGCCAUCUCACUGGGGUCCCAGCCCCACAGACUACGACCUACAGAACACCACCCUAUUCAAUGAAUUCGAAGAGGUGGACAGACAAUUUGAUGAUUCGGAUAAUGAAUUUGAAAUACUUUAA